AUGGAUGUUAGGUAUCUUUUGGUGAGAGCUGCGGCAGGUUGCGGGACGCGACUCUUACGAGCCUGUAGUAGAUGGGUGAGCAGCGUCAGGCCGGUGGUGACGUCGGUGGCUUCGUCUCGGCACCGAUGUCCUGGGUGUGACGUUGGGGGAGGAUGGAAUGGACUCUUCCACACCCCGACGAUCCUGGUAGCGGCAGAGGCGCUCGAGGACACGGGCGGCGAAAAGAAAAUGGAGGCGGAUGGGCGCACCCAACCCCCCAAGAUCCAUUCUUCUCGGCCUUCCCCUGAACUUGCCGCAGGUGACAGUAUGACGGUCGCCCGCGGCGAGGAGUCCCCGGAGCGGCUGGGCGGCGCCCUACGGCGGCUGCACUAUAGAGCGACGCGCAGGGCGCACUCCGCCGCCCAAAGGCACCACUCCACUACGCCCAAGAGUGCACGUGGGGGCGUGGCCAGGUCAUUGACCCGCAUCGAUCGCGCUCAACUAGGUCAGCCGGUCUUCGGAGUUCAGACUAUCUGCGGAUAG